ACUUUCCCACUCUUCAAACACGCGACGAUACUGUCAAUCACAAAAAUCUUACUACUUUUUUCCUUCAACGAUAUCGUUAAUGGCCGACGCGGCGGCAAAAGCUCGGAAAAUCCUGGUGGCUGUGGAUCAGAGCGAAGAGAGCAUAUAUGCUCUCUCAUGGUGUUUGAAGAAUGUUGUUUCUCAUAAUUCCGAAGAUACCAUUAUCCUUCUCUAUGCUAGGCCUCCCACAACUGUUUACACUGCUCUUGAUGGAACAGGAUAUUUGUUUUCUUCUGAUAUAAUAUCGACGAUGGAGAAGUACAGUCGCGACGUGGCGGAGUGUAUUGUAGAGAAGGCCAAGAAGAUGUGCAAAGAACAAGAAGCUCUCAGUGUUAAGGUGGAGACGAGAGUAGAGAAUGGUGAUCCAAGGGAAGUGAUAUGCCGGGAGGCAGAGAAACUCUGCGUCGACGUGCUUGUGAUGGGCAGCCACGGUUACGGUCUAAUCAAGAGGGCUCUUCUUGGAAGUGUGAGCAGCCACUGCGCACAGAAUGUCAAGUGUCCUGUAUUGAUUGUGAAGAAACCAAAAUCAACUGGUGCAAGCAAAUAGGCUUUAUGUAUAUGUAAUUAUGUACAUAAAUUUCAUUUUAAUGUGUAUAAUAAUAAUAAUUAAUUUUAUCUAUUUACCUUUUUUUUUGUUUACUACUAAAUAUGUAAUAGUACUCAUUUUAAGUGUAAAUUUUGUUUUUUUACU